AUGGGAUUGUUUGAUUUGGAGCAACAAUUCGCUUUCUACGGGGCUUACCACAGCAACCCCGCGAACAUAAUCGUCCACAUGAUCUUCGUCUGGCCAAUCCUCUUCACGUUUCAACUUCUUCUGUAUUUCACGCCGGCCGUGCUCAGCCGCGGCCCGAUCGGGCCGUGGGACCAUGGUUUCUUGUUCCUCAACUUUGGGUUUAUGGCUUCUGCGAUUUACGCUCUGUAUUAUGUGAUUUUGGAUAGAAAGGCGGGAUCUUUAGCUGCUUUGUUGGUUUUCCUGUGCUGGGUUGGUAGCAGUGCCCUCGGCCAUCGCCUGGGCUUCGAUUUGGCUUGGAAGGUUGUUUUGGCAUCUCAGUUAUUUUGCUGGACUGGACAGUUCAUAGGCCAUGGUGUUUUUGAGAAACGUGCGCCUGCUCUAUUGGAUAACCUAGCACAGGCAUUCCUAAUGGCACCAUAUUUUGUACUUCUUGAGGCUUUGCAUUCGACCUUCGGAUACGAGCCAUACCCCGGUUUUCAAGCUCGGGUUCGAGCUAAAAUUGAUGCUGAGAUCAAAGCUUGGAAGGACAGUAAACAAAAGAAAAUUUCUUGA